UCUGAAGUGAUUAUUGACAAGCAGGCAGUGGAGACAGAGGACAUGACGCAGGCUACAAGAUAGCAACCUGGCCCUGAAGUGGAAUUACGUGCUUCCAGCAAGUUAAAAGAGGGGAACAAAGAGUUUUUUCCUGCUUUUAGGAAUGAAUCAGGUCACAAUUCAAUGGGAUGUGGUAAUAACUCUUUACAUAUUCUUCAACUGGUGUCACGGAGGAAUUACAAAUAUAAACUGCUCUGGCCACAUCUGGGUAGAACCAGCCACAGUUUUUAAGAUGGGUAUGAAUAUCUCUAUAUACUGUCAAGCAGCAAUUAAGAACUGUCAACCAAGGAAAUUUUAUUUUUAUAAAAAUGGCAUCAAAGAAAGAUUUCAGAUCACAAGAAUUAAUAAAACGACAGCUCAGCUUUGGUAUAACAACUUUUUGGAGCCACACGCCUCUAUGUACUGCACUGCUAAAUGUCCUGGAUAUUUUCAAGAGACACUGAUAUGUGGAAAAGACAUUUUUUCUGGAUAUCCACCAGAUGUUCCUGACAAGGUAACCUGUGUCAUUUAUGAAUAUUCAGGCAACAUGACUUGUACCUGGAAUUCUGGGAAGCCCACCUACAUAGAUACAAAGUAUGUGGUGUAUGUGAAGAGUUUAGAGACAGAAGAAGAGCAACAAUAUCUUUCUUCAAGUUGUAUUAACAUCUCUACUGAUUCAUUGCAAGGUGGCAAGAAAUAUUUGGUUUGGGUCCAAGCUGCAAAUGCAUUGGGCAUGGAGAAGUCAAAACAACUGCAAAUUAAUCUGGAUGAUAUAGUGAUACCUUCUGCAUCCAUCAUUUCCAGGGCUGAGGAUAUAAAUACUGCAGUGCCCAAGACCGUAAUUCACUGGAAUAGUCAAACAAAAUUUGAAAAGGUUUUCUGUGAAAUGAGAUACAGGACUACAACAAACCAAACUUGGAAGGUUAAAGAAUUUGAUGCCAAUUUUACAGAUGAGCAACAGUCAGAAUUCUACUUGGAGUCAGACACUAAUUAUAUAUUUCAAGUGAGAUGUCAAGAAACAGGUAAAAAGUACUGGCAGCCCUGGAGUUCCCCCUUUUCUCACAAAACACCUGAAACAGUUCCCCAGGUCACGCAGAAAUCAUCCCAACAUGAUACUCAGAAUUCUGAGCAUCUAACUGCUUCCAUCUUUAAAGGACGUCUUACUUCUGACAACUGGCAACAAGACACUGGACUUUUAUCAGGAAUGGUUUUCUUUGCUGUUAUGUUGUCAAUUCUUUCUUUGAUUGGGAUAUUUAACAGAUCACUCCGAACUGGGAUUAAAAGAAGAAUCUUAUUGCUAAUACCAAAGUGGCUUCAUGAAGAUAUUCCCAAUAUGGAAAACAGUAAUGUUGUAAAAAUGCUACAGGAAAAAAGUGAAUUUAUGAAUAAUAAUUCCAGCGAGCAGGUCCUAUAUGUUGAUCCAGUGAUUACAGAGAUAGAAAUCUUUCUCCCAGAAGAAAACAAGCCCAUGGACUACAAGACAGAAAAGAAAACAGAAUCCCUGGAGGCCAGAGACUGCCUGCAGAAGUCACUACUCACCAGCACUACAGCUGUGUAUAUUCCUGGUCUCAGCACUGGGUAUAAACCCCAGAUUUCAAAUUUUCUCACUGGGGAAAACCAUCUCAGCAAAAAUGAUGACGCAUCUUCAUCAACUCUCAAACCAAUGGCUGAUUCCUUAGAUCUGGGGGAAAAUGCCAGAUUUAAAAAAUACCCUAAUUUUGCUUUUUCUGUCUCAAGUAUGAAUUCGCUAAGCAACACACUAUUUUUUGAAGAAUUAAGCCUCAUUUUAAAUCAAGGAGAAUGCAGCCCUCUGGACAUGCAAAACUCAGUUGAGGGAGAAACUACCAUGCUUUUGGAAAAUGUUUCACCCAGUGAAACUAUUCCAGAACAGACCCUGUUGCCCGAUGAAUUUGUUUCCUGUUUGGGGGUUAUGAAUGAGGAGUUGCCAUCUAUUAAUUCUUAUUUUCCACAAAAUAUUUUGGAAAACCACUUCAACACAAUUUCACUCUUGGAAAAGUAGAGCUGCGUAGUCAAAGUGAUUAUGGGAAAGCUGCCUUGCAAUCUGAAGUUGGAUCAUCUCCUCUUCAACCUAAGUUUAACCCCCUGAGCCACCCAGGCGCCCCCUUCAACCUAAGUUUAAUUCCGACCUAUUUUUUUUUUUAAGUUAGAGAGUUAAGUUCCAAAGAUAGAACAUACUGCAUAGUCACAAAGGAAGCACCAAUAUUAGGUACACCUUCUGUAUUUUUUUUAGAAGUAUCAACAAUUAUAUUCUUUUUAUUUCCCUUCAUUGCAAGGCAUAGAACAGAUCUCUCUGUUGUACAAAGGAUAAAUACUACAAGAUAUGUGGUGGUGAAAUAAAUGUUGGAAAUAGUUCUUAAAAAUUGAGACAUUAGUGUUUGUUUGCAAGGGGAGAAGCAAGUUUAAUUUUCUUUUUAUGGCUUAAAAUUCCCUUGAGUGAUAAAAAUAUAGUUCCAACUACUAAAUAAGAAUAGAAUCAGAUGAGCAUUAAUUAGCAUGUCUGUUGUAUUAUUUUUUUCUACUACUUUCUAUGCAGGUAUUAGGGAUUUGAUGUUUCUUUAUUUUGAUUUUGGACUAAGAGAGUGAUAAAACAAUGAUGUGAGGACAUCAUGAAACUGCUGUCUUCAUUCAGGUUAACUGUGAUGGCAUUGUUGUCUUGUGGUGUAGCUGGUGAAUUAAUUACACUAUGGCAGAACUGAAAUAGCAGAUGCAUUAUCAGCAAGGUGUAAUUAUUCCUUUUGUAAUCAACUGUGUAUUAGAUAUAUGUCAGGCAAUUAUUGUUAAAACCCAUAUUUGUCCAAAUCUGGGAUGGCAAUACUUGCCAUGCCUACCAUUGCCCCAUAUCCCAUGUCUCCUGCAGACAUCACUAACUGAUCACCACACACCCUUCUGCUAAGCCUUAAGGUGCCCUCAGAAUCCUCUCAACAUGGUGCUCCUGAUAGCUAUACUCAAUAUGGUCAAGGACUGGAGGUGAACUUUAUCACCCACCCAGGUCAAUAUUGAGAGACAGGUCAUCUUAAAAUAUGAAAUGUCUAUUUUUCAGCUGAAAAAUGGUACUCAGCAAACUUCUCUACUUUUUAAAAAUUUUUUUAGAGUGUGAGCAGAGUGUGGAGGGACAGAAAGAGAGAGACAAUCC